ACAAGCUGUUGUUCGUUGCGCUCGCUCACGACGUCCAUGUACUCUCCGAUUAUCCCCGCUCUUUUCGUUCUAGUGUGUUGUGCUACUGAGAGGCGCGAUAACCUGGGAAUCUCUGUCUGAUAUCGUCGACAGGUGCGGCGCCGGCUGGGCUUGGGAAUGAUGCAGAGUCUCACUGGGGCUGUGACUCCGCAUUUCCACGUCCAGGUCCUUGACAACUUGCUUGAAAUCCUCUUUCUCCGCUCGUAAAUCGAGUCUUGGGGCGCUUUGUUGCACUCCCAAAUCUGCGCAUAGUAAGUCUGUUAUAGCAUGCUUCCUGAUAUGUAGGAUCAACGAUCCUGGCAAGAGUCAGACUGCGGUCGUUCCCCCAGUGUGAUCUUUACACGCAUCACCGACGAUGUCCGGCCGUCGCACUAAGACGAAGUCCACCGCCAACCCGCCAGGAAAGACGGGCCAGUCCUCCAAACCGCCGCAGGCGCCGCCCUCGAAGCCCACAAACUCAGUGCCGGCAAAGCCCACCCCCGCACCCGUACCCCCGAAAGCCACGUCUCUCCCUGCCCCCAAACAGACACCAUCCGCGAGACUUCGUCAGGAAUGGAAAGCCUUCGAGCCUUGGCUGAGUGCUCGUCGUGCCGAGCGGGACAAGCAAGUCAGCGACAAGCUCAAGGAGGCCAUGUCGUCUAAGAACAAGAGCAAAAGCAAGUGGGGGAAGCAGCCCGCAGCAAGCGCUACGGUCGACGUCGGUGCUUUCGAGGAUAAGCUGAAUGAGGAGCUAGUAGAAAAAGCACGCGCUGAGUGGCUGAGGAGGCUGGGGGUAGUUGGGUUAGAUGAAGAAGAUUGGACGGAUAUAACGGAGGAUGAACAGAAGGUUGUCAUAGCUGCGUUUACCCCACCAGAGCGCAGUAGUCAGACGGCGGAGGACCCUUCGCCACCACCACCAACACCACCAACACCACCACCACCACCACCACAAGCCGUCGCGGAGACUUCAAAGCCGAAGCCAGCUGUAAUCAAUAAAGCUGGACCGAGCCAAUUUGCCGCCAGAAUCGAAGAGGAGUCGACAAUACCUGGCGCAUGGAAUGCUCCUUCGCCGCCCCCUGUUCCAGAGCAAGGUAUCAUGGGCCGAAAUCGCCCGUAUACACCAAUGGCUCGGCUCGCACAACAGGCGGUAAGCUCCUCUAUUUGUCUCCCCACCGUACAGAUGGGUCGAGGGGUCAACAACGGAAACGCGAAUAGUGACGCCUCGCCCUCUGAGAGCUUGUGGGAAGCUCAGAUGAAGCAUAAAAUAUCCUCCAGUGAUCCGCAAUUGUCUGGAGGGCUGUGGGAUCAUCCGGUCCCCAAUACCACGACGAAGGCAAGCGUCUUGGACCCUGUCAGCAGCAAGUUUCCGACUCCAGAGGCGCUUUGGGACAUGCAUAUGCGGAAAUCGACGCCAAAGCCACCAUCACCCCCACCCGUCGAGCCGGAUUUGGAGAGUCUAUGGGGCAAGACCUUUGGGAAGAAAGCCUCCCCGCCUGCACCCCAGCUACCUCGCGAGUCCGAGAGCCUGUGGGAUCUUCAACAGAUCUCCCAGUCCGACGGCAUGGAUUGGCAGAGCUCGAUAUCGCCCACAUCUGCUAGAACUCCUGCAUCCUCGACUCCUGCUUCCAAAAACCCAUCGUCGUCCCGGGCAUCCGCUUCACCGAGGUCUAGCGCCUCUUCCAAAAACUUUCCGGGCAAGUCACCUCUUUCCAACAGCUGGGACGUGGACAUAGAUGUCGAAAACCUCUCGCUGCAAGACUCGACCGUAGAUUUCUCUGCGCCCGUAUCCUCGACCUACACCGGCGCCUAUGGCUACAUCAGCCCCGUCUUUGUCGAAAUGGAAGACGAGGCGUUCCCUCGUGUGCUCGACCCGCUUCCAGAAACCAUGGUCGCAGACUCCAUUCGAUCGUUUCAUAGUGCCGCUGCAGAGGCCGAAAUUGAGCUCCGCCGCCAAAUGAUCUCGGGCGCGCUCGACGACAGUGCGUUCGAGGAGCUCGUAAACACGCACAUGAGUAUGGUGGAGCAGUACGCGCGAAAGAUAGUCGAGGGGUGGAAGCAAGAGCGCAGCGCCGAGGAGCAGAGGCGGCUCAUCGCGGAGGAGCAGAAGCGCAGGCUUGCCGAGGUGAAGAAACAAGGACUCGCGAGAAGAGGUGGACAGUGGGCAGGUUCUUCUCUCACCGAAGGCGUUGCUCGCGCGGCAUCCCCUGCGCUCCAGGCGAAGAGACCUCAGCAGACCAAAAACCGUCAGGCUCGUCUCCUCGAGGAGUCUUUCGGCGCUCGACCUGCGACGCCUGCUCAUCUUGCACAGGCGCAACAAGACGACGAUGGCGGAAUCAGUCUAUGGGAGCGACGCACACCCGGAAAGGCAGCGGAGGGGCGGCCUAUACCCUCCUCGUUCGCAGGCUCAGCACCGCAGGCCCAGCCACCCCCGCAGGCCCGACCACCCCCGCAAGUUCAGCCGUCCCCGCCUACCCCAUCUCCCUGGGCACAGCUCGCGAAGACCCCGGCUCGGAGAAACCCAUUCUUACCGCAAGCCGCCCCUCCCCCCGCCCCGGAACCCUCCCUUUCGCCCUGGGACGCCAUGAUAGCGAAGGUGAAGCAAGCCCCACCGGAGCCGCAGUUGCAAGAUGCAUGGGAAGAGGACAACACGGACGAGUCAGAGGAGGGCGCGUCGUCCUGGAGUCACCAGGUGCUUAACGGUGCGUUCGGCGGGGCUGUCUCGGCUUGGAGCAUGGGCGUGUCCGCGUUCGGCGGGGCUGAGCGGCCGGGAACGCCUGCGCAGGUGCCGGCACCCACGAGGCCCUCGGCUCCAGCACCCCCGGUGCCCACUGUUCGAGAAGCACCCUGGGCUGGCGAGGGACCGUUUCAGCGAAGCACAAGUCAUGGUCCUACGACUCCCGAGGAUCCUAGGUUCGCUACGUGGCGACCUCCGCGGAUAGUCGACCCCGACGAGCACGAAAACCCUGCGAAGAAGAUGCAGGACCUCGCUCUUCAAAACCUGUUCCAGAGUGUGGAUGAUUCUAGUGACACGGAUCUGUUCAACGCGAUGUCGAUGUAUUCCAAAGCGACGCAGAGUGCGACGCGCAAGACGACGACUCCAGCUGCCAGGAGAUAAAUAUUAUACCACGGUCAUAACAUACCUUGCGCUCUAUCUGCGAUGCUCUCUUUGAAAUUUGUUAUUUUUAACUUUUUUUUACCUGCUUUGACUUGUCUGUUGCUACGCUAUCCUUGUUGUAGAUCAAAUUGCUCUUGUUUCAACGUCUUCUCGCGCAUCCUCUCCCUAAAUUGUAGUCUUAUUAAGUGUACGAGGUCAUCUCUGGACAACAUAAAC